AUGCAUGCUACAGAAGAAUUCCUCGAUUUCGAUAAAUUAGAAGAAAAAUUGUAUGGAAUAUUUGAGACCAGUGUUUUAAAUUAUACUCAAGAUAUACUAAAUGUGUUUGAUAAUCGUGGUAUUUUACAAAAACCCGCAUACCUUAAAAAUUCCGCAAAUACGUUAGAAGAAGAAUUAGAUAUACUACAUCAGUUAAACAAGAAUUUAAGAAAAGAAAUCGAAGAAAAUCUCGAAAAAUUAUCUCAAAAGCAAAAUGAAUACGAAGGUUUUAAACAAGAUCAUAAACUUGUAACAAAUCAAAUCAAGGAAACUCAUGAAUCCUUAUUGAUGGCCCGAAGGUGUUAUAAAAAUUUCCUUAAUUUUUAUUACACAAUAGAAUCAAGACAGACAGAUCAACAAGUAAUAUUUAUACAGUUUUUCACUCAAUCUAAAAGAGAUUCUGAGAAGUAUUCCAUAAGGCUAUUACGAAAUACACAAACAGGAAAAUAUUCAUUGCAAGAAACUAACCCAACACUGAAGAAUAACAAGUAUGCGGAGAGAAUUUUGGAACACACAAAUAAUGUGCCUGGAGUUUUGGCAUAUAUAAGACUAGGAUUUGUACUCAUUAAAAAACAUAAAAAAUAA